AUGUCCACCCAGGAUGAAGACAUCAAUGCUCCUCUCCUGGAAGGAAAUCUUGCGCCAGAGUAUGGGAGUACUGCAGGCCCUGCGUCUAGCCUAGCGCCCCAUGCCUCAUUUCGGCGGAACUUGGGCACGUCCGAGGCGUUCAGCAUCAUCAUCAAUAUCGUAAUCGGAAGCGGGAUUUUCACCUCUCUUGGCGCCAUUGACACCAAUGUCCCCUCCCCAGGUGCGGCCCUGGUCGUUUGGUUUGUGGGGGGCAUCUUGGCUUGGACAGGUGCUGCAACUAUGGCCGAGCUCGGGGCGGCGAUUCCGGGUGAAGGAGGCGUCCAACAGUACCUCCAGUAUAUCUAUGACGAGGCCUUUGGCUUCCUUGCCGCGUGGACAUGGGUCGUUGCGGUAGUGCCGGCCUCACUCGCCAUCUUGAGCAUUGUGUUUGUGGAAAGCAUCUACUCUGCGACCGGGGUGACCGAUCAACCCGAUAGGAUGGCACAUAAGCUUUUAUCCUCUCUGGUGUUGCUCAUAAUUAGCAUGGCGAACUCGGUCAGUACCCAGUUCAGCACGCGGCUUAACACAUUCUUUCUCACCACAAAGUUCGCUGCUAUCGCACUCACUGUGGUUGCGGGACUGGGUGUCGUCCUCUAUCACCUUGCUGGCUGGGAUAGGGAUAAUUCAGGCGAACCACAGGACUGGCUGACGAGAGCCUGGUUUGGUGCUCGCAACACCGUUGGCUUGGACGGGAGGGAGAUAGAGUGGCAGAAGUUACAUGGGUGGGAAUCUCUCGGUCAUUAUUCCGCCGCACUUUAUGGUGCACUGUGGGCAUACUCUGGAUGGGAUAAGUUGCCUUUAGCCAUCAAUACCGCGGUUCCCAUUGUCAUCCUCAGUUUCAUCGCAGUGAAUAUUGCCUACUAUAUCCUCCUGCCUUGGAGAGUAGUGUCCACAACAGAUAGUGUAGCAGUGACAUCGUUUAGUCACCUACUUGGACCAACAUUUGGGGCCAUAGCAGCGGGUCUUAUAUGCCUGGUGGUGGCAGGAUCCUUGCUGGGAAGUUCGUUUGUCGCCAGUCGCAUUGUGGUUGCUGCAGCCAAUUCCAACUGGCUGCCCGCCUUCCUGGCCCGCAUUGGCUCAGUUUCAGGGCGAUCGACCUCGACAGCAGAUGCCCCCAUCAAUGCGAUUCUCUUCUCUACCGCCUGUUCCAUUGUCUACAUUUUCUUCGGGAACUUUCGGGUCUUGGCGACAUUCAGUGGUCUGUCUGCGUAUAUCUUUUUCUUCCUGACCAUGGUCGGCGCUAUCAUCCUUCGGGUUCGUGAACCAGAGCUGCCCCGCCCGUACAAACCGAUGAUCUGUGUUCCCGUUAUAUUUGCUCUGGUAAGUGGGUGUGUGGUUGCUCGUGGCGCUGUUUUUGCUCCUGUGCAGGCCGCGGUGCUCAUUAAACUGUGGCUGGUGGGCCUAGGGUUGUAUAGUGCGAGGAGGCAAUGGAUAGGGAAGGGAGAGGCGGAGAGUAGCGAGCAAUAGCUUCGAUACACGAUGCAAAAGCGUGAGGGAGGCGCGCUGGAUGACAGCUCAAACCAUGUGUUUCCCAGUCGGGUCAAUUUCGGGAUCGCCCUUGUGGAAUUCUUACAAAGGGCAAAAGGUACUAGUCCCCUCACCCUGCUGGUGAAAAGUGGCCGGGGAUGCGUUCCCCGCAUCGAUGGGAAGAUUGGUCAUAAUGAAGUAGUGGUGAGUUGAUUUCCGUCAAGCAAUUCACCUGGCUGACCUGAAAAUGCACCGGAGUUCGGAAGUGCAUAUCCGAUGCACCGGCAAGGACAUCACCUUCUGUUGCACAACGGUCGCGACUUCUCACUUGAUCACCAGAUAAUUCUA